AUCCAAAUUCAAAACAUUUAAGAAGUUCUUUGGAAAGAAGAAGAGAAAGGAAUCUCCUUCGUGCACAGGAAGUAGCAACUGGAAACAAAGUCAGGCAAAGAGUGAGGUCCUUGCCAUCGAGGCAGAGCCCGUUGUGGGCUACGACUCUGAAGAUGAGCUUGAGGAGUCGAGGGGCAUGCUGGGCAGCCGGGCCCUAUCCCACGACAGUAUUUUCAUUCCUGAGUCUGGACAGGACCCUACUCGGCCUGUGCGGGUGUUUUCCCAAGAAAAUGUGUGUGAUCGCAUUAAAGCUCUGCAGUUAAAAAUACAGUGUAAUGUCAAAAUGGGGCCACCACCUCCUCCAGGGGGGCUUCCUGCCAAGCGGGGAGACGAUGCUGGCAUGAGCUCUGAGGACGACGGACUACCCAGGAGCCCCCCAGAGAUGUCUCUGCUGCAGGAUGUGGGUCCUGGCACAACUAUAAAGGUCUCUUUAGUGUCCUCAUCCCGGCCAGUGUCUCCAGACCACGUGAGCGACACCACGGUCUCCCCCCGGACCUCUGACAGCAGCCUGGUGCCCGUGGCUGAUUUUAGUUACCCUCCGGAAUUCUCCUCCUGCCUGGACAACUCUGCAGCCAAGCACAAGCUCCUGGUUAAGCCCCGCAACCAGCGGUCGAGUAAAAUGAGGCGGCUGUCUUCGGUAACUGGGCUUCCUCCUCUGUGCAGAGGCAGGGCAGGCAGCCUUGGCACCCCCCUCUCCCUUCCCCCACCUCUGUCCCCCCACAGGGUCUUGUGCCCCCUCUGAGAACCACCACAGUUGAUGGGACUCGGCUGCAGGAGCU